AUGAGGGCUGCUGUUUGCCGAGAAGCCAAGCAACCAGUCAUGAUCGAGGAAGUCGCCAUGCCCACAGUGGGGCCGCGACAACUCCUCGUCAAAGUUCUUGCAGCCUCCCUCUGUGAUACCGAUAUCGGUGUGCUGAACGGAGAUUAUGGACGUGAACAAUUCCCGCUCAUCAUAGGUCAUGAAGCAGUUGGCAUUGUUCAAGAGCUAGGACUUGAGGCGGACGCUUUCGGUUUCAAAGUCGGCCACCUCGUGGGUACUGCUCCUUACCAUCAAAUGUGCCUUGAGUGCUAUGAAUGUAGAUGGAUUGGCCCUGAGUUCUGUUCUAGGAUGAAAAUCCAAGGGAUAUUUUCCCCGGGAUUUUUUGCGGAAUACUGCACGAUGGAUGCUGCUAGUGCUGUGGUCGUUCCGGACGAUGACUUAUACAAAGACAAUGAGAAGGUGGGAGACAAGAUAGCUCGAUUGUCGCCAAUAUUCUGUGCUGGGAUUACUGUAUGGGAUGCUAUAGAGCGUGCAAAGUUAGCACCGGGAGAAAGCCUGGCCGUCAUUGGCGCGGGCGGUCUUGGCCAGUUGGCAGUGCAGUACGCGUCUGCCCUGGGAGCCAAAGUAAUUGCUCUUGAUUUGCAUGAUGAGCAGUUGAGAGCCGUCGAAGGGCCAAAUGCGGUCGACAAGACGCUAAAUAUCAAGGAUCUUGGCUUCAAAGAAACCCAGGUUCAAUUUAAAAAGCUGAACGGUGGGCAUGGAGCUGAUGUGAUCCUUGUUACAACCGGAGCUGCCAUUGCCUAUCAAACUGCAUUUUAUUGCAUUGCACCAUUGGGGAGAAUCAUUGCUGUUGGGCUCCCUAAAGAUCCUAUUCCAAUUCCUGCCAUGCAAAUUACCGCGAGGUGUAACAGGUGA